AUGGGUUUGGAAGAUGAGAAGAAAGGAGGAGAAGCUUCAGGAGAGACAUCAGAGAAAGAAAUGGGACUAAGCAGAAAGAACAGUGAUAGCUCUUUCUCUCCGACAGAAGAUGAAGAAGAAGACGACGAGAAGAAGCCCCAACUCGGUCCCAUGAUCGCUCUCAAAGAACAGCUCGAGAAAGACAAGGAUGAUGAAAGCUUGAGGAGAUGGAAGGAACAGCUUAUCGGCGUCGUGGAUUUGGAAGAUGUCGGAGAGACACCAGAUCCAGUAGUAAAGAUACUAGACUUAACAGUUAGGUCUCCAGACAGAGAGGAGAUGAUCUUAACGAUACCUGACGAUGGACUACCGAACCCAAAAGGUCCUUGGUUCACCAUAAAGGAAGGAUCCAAGUACACUCUUGUCUUUAACUUUCGUGUUACCAACAAUAUCGUUUCGGGCCUUCGCUAUAACAAUACUGUCUGGAAAACCAGUGUCAAGGCAGUGGAUAGUACCAAAGCAAUGCUUGGGACGUUUAGUCCUCAAGCUGAGCCAUACCAACAUGUUAUGCCUGAAGAAAUAACACCUUCUGGUAUUUUCGCUAGAGGAUCGUAUUCUGCAAGAACUAAGUUUAUUGAUGACGAUAAUAAGUGCUACUUGGAGAUCAACUACACCUUCGACAUCCGCAAGAAUUGGCAAUGA